CCAGCCUGACAUAUACCUUUCUUUCUAAGACCACAUCAACCUAAGAAAAAUUCCACACAUAACAGGAAAUUUCCUUUGAUGCUGUCAAGAAAUAGCCAUAGUGAUAUGCUAGCACUUUCUUUCAAAUUCCAGAUGAACUUUGAAGCACCUUCCUUCAGCUUUCUGGGUUGACUGUUCAGGCUGCUUCAAAGUUCCUACUUUUGAGUUAUAUUUAUAAAGAGCAUAAACACAACCUUAAACAACACCACAGCAACAUUUCUUAUCUUUGUAGGCUAACUAACAACUUAACAAUAACAAUUUCAGGCGCCUACUGCACAAAGGAUCACGAUUUUGUGCUAUCUCUUCAUCCAUACUUGCACAUAUCUGCAGUCAUGACUCUAGGAAGAAUUGACUUUGUUAUUUCAGAAGGGAGAGCAUCUCAGAAUGAUGGCAACUCAACUUCUCCCUUGUUUGGUUUGGUAGACCUUUCCUUGUACUAUACAUGUUUCUACAAAAUCCAGAGUUUUUUCUAUAGUUUUUGGUUUUUCCUUCUGUGCCAACUUCACUCUAGUUACUCAAAGGUGAGGGAAGAGGAGCAGGUAUCGAAGCCUGCGUUUAGCCACCAAGAGAAUGAGUCAAAGAAAGGCAUAGAUGGUGAGAAUUAUCUCGAGAGGGAUGAGGUCAAAACGGUGAUGGCAAAACUGGGAUUGUUUUGCAGCUCAGAAAGUGAGGAACUUCAAGAGAAGUAUGGUUCCAAGGAGCUUUCUGAACUGUUUGAGGAGCAGGAGCCAAGUUUGGGGGAGGUGAAACAGGCUUUUGAUGUUUUUGAUGAGAACAAAGAUGGCUUUAUCGAUGCCAAAGAGUUGCAUAGAGUUCUGUGCAUUCUGGGAUUGAAACAAGCAGCAGAACUUGAGAACUGCCACAAGAUGAUCAGAAUCUUUGAUACAAAUCAAGAUGGAAGAAUAGAUUUCAUUGAGUUUGUAAAAAUCAUGGAAAAUCGCUUCUGCUGAUUUGUUUGAUUUAUAUAUAUUAAUAUAUGAGUUAGUUUAAUA